AUGAUGGCCUCCCUUGGCCGCGAGCGCAGGCUGCGGGAACCUUCUCAUGAAGACCCUGAGAUCGAGGGUCUCAAAGCUCUUGAAGACAACGAGUACGAGCAAUGGCCAGAGAUUAUCGUCAAGUACAAGAUAACCUGGAACUUGGUAAAGGUAUCGUUCUACGGUUCUCAUAAAGAAUGGCUCAAGUUAGUUACAGCUCUUAAGGACUACGCCACACGAGAGCAGGUGGACAUAAGCUUCUUCGGCGUCGAGGAAGCUGAGGAACCCCCAACACCAACAGAGCGUGAAAAGCUCCUAGCAGAGUUGCACGGUCGGUCCAUGAAGGAGAUCGUACACAGCAUUCGUACCCACGACAUUGCUCAUGUUGAGCUAGCAGAGGAAUACAGUGCUGACGAGGUCUGCAAAAUUGACAGAGCAGUCACGGAGCAUCACAACUCUAUCGACCGCCAAACUCUUAGCUACUGGCGUUAUGCCGUCAGGAAGGACGCAGUGAGCAUCGCGCCAGAGAGACGACAAGAGUUGCUGGAGGAUCUUCGACAGUUCAAACUGUCGAAGAUAAUCAACUACGUUCUCCUUUAUCAGAUCACGAAAGGCGAAUUAGCCUCUGCACUGGAUAGCGAAACUGUCACCAAUGUCAAGGACUGGCUUCAGAAGGGGAAGUUUGACUACCGACUGGACAUCGCCUUCUUCUACAAGGAAGUCCAACCAGCCAACGACAGCAGCAGCGACAAGCAAGCCCAGUCACCCACCUUCACAAGCGACAGCAGCCAAGGUACAGUGCAACCACUGGUCGAGCCCAACAACAACAACAACGAGAGAGCCCAACCGCCUACCAACGCCAUUACCAACGGCAACGAGGAACCGCUAACUGAUACAAACGCCGGUAACAACGACGCGUUGCUCCGUAAAACACUAAUCGACAGCCUUCCAAAGACACCCGAGGAGGCAGCAGAGGCAAUCAUACGUAACAACAUCUCACGCACUGAGUUAACGACAACCUUCACUGCGGACGAGCUUCGACAGAUUGACUUCGCUCUCACCACAUCUCUCAACGCGGCUGAGAAAAGCGCGAUCACAUAUUGGAAGGACUCAAUUAGGGACGACAGCGAAGCGACCCUGUCAGCAGAGGAACGCGAUGCAGUGAUCGAGAAUAUGUGGGACUUUUCGACGACAGUGAUCAUCAACCUGAUCCUUCUUCACCGAGCUUCGUACGGCGAGAUGUUCGCCGUGUUUGCCGACAAGGAGUUGAAGUCCGUGACCGACGAGCUCCUCAAGCUAGGCAGAGAACAAUCAAUCGACGUCUCAUUCUUGCAGAUUCCCGAGGGAUGCGUACCMCCCGCCAAUCCGGCAAACACCGUGACUCCACCACUACCGCUGACGACCAACACAUUGACGCGAUCACGCUCGAAGGUCCUCAAAGACCUCAAGGCGAUAACCGACGUUCCCUCAGCCCUGACCUACAUCGUCCAACACAAGAUUGCGUUCUACGAGUUGUCCGCAGCGCUCGAGACGUCGUUCGUUUCAGACUUGGUAAAACACAUUGUGGAGAACCCGGAAGGCCUAGACCUCUCCAGCCUGUGGAAGAAACCAACGAACGUCUCUCGUCCGCGACAGCUAUUCACUCACUUCAUCAAGGACCAGAAUGAACCAGACGGAUAUUACUUUCUUCGCCCUACUCUCCGUUUCUGGCUGCUCAACUCACUCCCGUUCGCCUUCCCGGCAUGUCCCCCACUACCACCCUUGCCUCAACCUAGUCAGGCUGAGCCCUGGGACGCGGGAGUAACCCUGCAUGGAGAUCCAGACGUCGAAGCGGGAAUGACAAUCAAGGCUAUGCCCCGAAAGACGCCGAAUGGGAAGGGUUCUUUCCAAUUUGACCAUAAAGGGAAGCGACUAUCAUGGCAAGGAAACUAUCCCAUCGUGCGUUGCAAUGCUCCUGAAGCUCAGCUUCGGCAGAUCGCGAGUCAGAAACUGCAAGAGGCUGAACAACGCAACGUCACGGCCUUGGCAACGUGGCGUACUCAGGUCACGGCAUGGGUACCCUUGCGGGAACGAUGGGAACUCGCAAUGUUCCACCUCGCGCAGGUUCACGUCCGUCAAGUGCAUUGGACUGAGGACGCGGAUCCAGACGAGGUGUUGGACGCCACUAACGACACGGCUUCAGGCGCCACUCAUCGCGACGUCAUUGACCGUAUCUACAACAACGGGUUACAAGAGUUUGAGCGACGCAAGAAGAAGCGUCGUCGCGCGUCGGCAGCUGACGACUAA